UGAUUCUAUUGCAAAGAUUGAGGAACUAAAGAAGGAGGCUCCACCCAUCACACGCGACCACAUUUUUGGCAGAGCGCUGAAAUUCAAGCGCGUCUUGAGGUCCUGGCGACCGACAUGCAAGGUCUUACCGUUCAUAGAAGAGGAGAGUUUCAAACUCUGACAACAUACGAUGGAGUUCCAGAGAAGCUUAAAAAGCAGGCAGAUGUUCUCUCAAAUGGAGUCAAAGGGCUCACCACUCAGGAUCAAAAUUACAGCGAGAAGAUCAAGGAACUCGAAACACAUAUUGAAAAGCUAAAUCAAAACAUGAGAGAAACUACUGAAGAACAUGCAAGGCUUGCGGUUGAACUGGAAAAGGUUCGGCAACUGACUGAACAGAAGGAGCAAUCAGUUGCGGAGAUGAAGAAGGAGCUUGAGCUUCAUAGUCUAGAUGCCGAUCAAUAUCUUGCGGAUCGAGUGACUUUGGAUAUGCAAUUGAAAGCCCUGCAAACCGAUCACAAAGUGGAGCAGGAGAGGCUCGUCACUCGCACCACCGACAAGGAUAAGAUAACAAAGAAGGUCAAACACACAGAAAAUGUGCUCAAGCAAAUACAGGAUACCCUUCCAGCCUUUGGAGCCAUCAAGAGCAACAUAAAUAUGCAGCUUAUGCAAGUUGAAAACGAAAGAAAGAAAGUGCAUACCGCAGUGUUAGAGAUUAAGAAAGACACUGAUGGUAGAAUGCGUAUGUACACCGAGUUGAAAGGAGUUGGCAAGGAAAUGGUUGCGCAACUACGCGAGGGUCAUCAAAAGGCAACGGAGCUCGAAAGGGAGGUUUAUAGAUCCAUCAGUCUUGACUACGAACGGCAACAGCAAGCGGGAGAGCUUGCGAGCAUGCGAGAAAAUAUUUGUCGUACACUUUCUUUGAAGGUUCAGCAACUAAAAGAAGCCAGAGAAAGAAUUCGGGUCUCAGACAUUACUAUCGGAUUUCUACAAAAGAAGGAAAAAGAUAUCUGUGACACCUAUGCCAAGUUCUUCAAUGUGUAUAAUCUUCUUAGAAGCCAACGGAAUAAGUCUGUCAAACUGAUGCAGUUAAGCAAUCUCACAAUUCUCGAGCUUAAGGACAAGAUGGGGAUGCUGGAGGUCGAAGUAAACAUGCUGCAGAACGAGGUUUUGUACAAAGAUAAGGUCUUGACGAAGAUGAGGAAAGAGUUUGCCAUCAUUGUUCAACACCGUUUUCUUCUUCGGUCAGAGAUUACGCAGUGCCACAUUGCACUGCAAAAGAAGAAGGAAAUGGCGGAUGAGCACAUGAUAGAAAUUGACAAGCUAAAUGGUCUCCUUCGGAACGCCGAAAAGGACAUGGAAUCGUUUAGAAAACAGUAUGAACAUGCGGUUUUAAGCCGAAACCACACUGGUAUAUCUCUCAUAGAUCGCAACGAUGAGCUUUGUAUCCUUUAUGAGAAGUCUCACGCCCAGGAUGAGCUUCUAAAACAUUCAGAGAUUGAACUUUUGAAACGAGAAAACGAAAUUGCCUUACUCAAGCCGGAGCUCAUCAACCUUGAAAGAUAUAUUCUUCUCUGCUACAAGUCUCUUCCAAAUGCCGUGGAAAUACGCAAGGAGAUCAAGAACGUCAAAAUUCAAUUGAGAUUAACCGUGCAAGAAGGCGAGAGGCUGUCUAAGCUGGUAGAAAAUCCGGAGAACAAAGCUCACUGGAGGCUGCUAGAAGGCACCGACCCGACGGCAAACGAGCUCAUGGCGAAGCUCACAGCAUUGGAGUUCUUCCUCCACCGGAAAGGCGACCAAUCCUUGGAGAAAAACCUUGUCUUGGAGGAGGUGACGGCUCUGGCCGAGGACCUGAAAAAACAGGCAGCUGAUGGCUAUGCCGACGCCGUGGAAACUGUCUCAAAGAUGAGCCGGUUCCAGCGACAGCUUCGACAUGUCACCACGCAAAUGAUGGCCACCGUUUCGGAGCUAUCGCUAACACAAGCGACAGCCAUGAGUUUGAAGCAAGAGAAGGAGUGUCUGGAGGCCGUCCUUUUGGAAGCCUCGGCUCGUCUAGCUAAUGGAGAGCCUCCAACCGCGGAUUGCGAGAGAGAAUGGCACCAUAUGCAGAGGCGCUCGUUCUCGGCGUGUGGAUUCAGCCGGGACGACUCGGAAUUUGGAGAACGAAGAUCCACUGCCGAGCCAAGGCCAAACGCUUACAUUCCAGUGGAUAACUAUGGCCUCCCAAAACCAUUCGGAGGAGCCCAUCCACCAUUCAAGCCCACCGAGCCUGGAGCUUCGUUCCGGCAUAUAAGAAAGCCAGAGCCAAGGCCAGUCGACCUCUAGAAAAAUUUGAAUGGAGAAUAUG